GUUGCUCAAAUAGCAUUAGCUAUCAUAUUUAAAAUUCAAAGGACACUUCGGAUUGAACAGGAAGUACCAGUAUGGCCAUGUCACCAGCUAUUACAACAUUAUGUGAGAAUUCAAAUGAAGUCUUUCUAGACGUCGCCAAGUUGCUACUUACAUAUGCGGACAAUAUUUUAAGGUAUCCCAAUGAAGAAAAGUACAGGUCGAUCCGCAUAGGCAAUCCUACUUUCUCCACCAAGCUGCUGCCCAUCAAAGGAGCUGUAGAAUGUCUCUUUGAGAUGGGAUUUGAGGAGGCUGAGACCCACUUGGUGUUCCCCAAGUCUGCAUCAGUAGAACAGCUGAAGCUCAUCAGGGAAUCCAUAGCAGCAGAGAGGGAUCAGAGGCUUCAGAGAGAACAGCCUGUCCAGCCCACUGCUCAUACCACUACUGCCUCAGCCUCAGCCUCAGCUGCAGCACCAGAGAGCUCUGCUGCUGCUUCCACCCAACCAGUUUCACCACCUCUGCUACAGCCACCAUCCUUGGAGAGCAGUAUGAGCUUCUUUGUGACUCUCCAGUCAAACUUCCAACAUGUGAUGCUGUAUGAAAACCCUGCGCUACAGCAGAAAGCUAAGAGUCACAUCCCUCACCAGCAGCUGUCCUCUGCUGCUCAACACAAACUGAAGCAGGCUAAAGAGGCUGACCCAGAAUUUAAACUUGGAAUAGAGGACUUCCUGGUGCUGGAAUUACUCAGGUGGUUCAAACAGGACUUCUUCUCCUGGGUUGAUUGUUUGCCCUGCAGCAGCUGUGGAGGUUCAACCCAGAAUGCCGGCUCCCUCAGUCCCAGCACUGAUGACCUCCGUUGGGGAGCUCAGCGAGUGGAGAACCAUUACUGUCAAGGCUGCAGGCUCUCCACUAGAUUCCCCAGAUACAACAAUCCUGAGAAGCUGCUAGAAACCAGGAGGGGGCGUUGUGGAGAGUGGGCUAACUGUUUCACCCUGUGCUGCAGGGCCCUUGGCCUUGAGGCCAGGUAUAUCUGGGACAGCACAGACCAUGUGUGGACAGAAAUUUACUCUGUCUCUCAGCGUCGUUGGCUGCACUGUGACUCAUGUGAGAACGUCUGUGAUAAGCCUCUACUGUAUGAAGUCGGCUGGGGGAAGAAACUGGCCUAUGUUCUGGCUUUCUCUAAGGAGCAGGUGGUGGAUGUGACAUGGCGGUAUUCCUGCAAACAUUCAGAGGUUUUGUCAAGAAGAACCAGGGUUCAAGAGGCCUGGCUGCUUCAUACUAUCAAUGGGCUCAAUGCUGUGAGACAGCAGUCCCUGAGUCCAGAAAGGAAAAAGGUCCUGACAGAGAGGCUGCUUGUUGAGCUGGUGGAGUUUAUUUCCCCCAAGACGCCAAAACCAGGAGAGCUGGGGGGGCGUAACUCUGGCUCUCUGGCCUGGAGGAUUGCAAGGGGAGAGACCAGAGUGGCUGAUUCAGGGACCUCAGCACAGGCUGCAGGUUAUGUAUUUACUCCUACUGAGCAAGAAAAGAAUGAUCGGUUGCUGCAUGUGUGCUACAGUGCCACUAAAGACCAGUACUGUCGACUGUCAAACAACUCUGAGCUCAUUCAGAGCUGGGAUCAGUGUGUGUGGAGGAAGGAGUCAGUCUUCAGAAAGGUGGAAAAUGACUGGCAGAUGGUGUACAUAGCUCGAACAGAAGGCUCGUCUAUGGGACGAAUCAGCUGGAAGUUUGAUGUUGCCCCAGUUGGAAUGAAGAUAAAGUCUGUAUCAGUCAUGGCCAGAAGCCAGACCUUCCACUCGGGGAAAGUCUGCUGGCACUUGCAGUCAGGCCAGAUUACUACAGAAUUCUCUGGAGAUGGGAAGAUGCAUUCGUUCUCCAAUCUGUCAGGCUCUUCAGACUUCAUCGUUGUAGCAGAACUCAGUGGUGGAGAGGGGGAAGCAUUCUGGCAGCACUCUCAGCUGUUCAGACAGAGCUUGAAGGAGACAGAGGAGUCUUCAUUUGAAAUCCUCAUCCAGCUUGAAGAUGCUUAACAGUUGCUUUACUAAACAAGACUUACCUCUAAUACUUUUUCGACUCCUGCCUGCUCCAGCAAGUUCUGUGUGUUUGAAUGAUAGUUUUGGGCUCUAAAAUUGAUGUAUGUUGACAAAUAAGUGCAAUAUUUAAAUAUGUGUCAGACCCACAGGGUGAUUAGAUAUGCAUGAUCUUAUGAUGGAUUAAUGACAACCUGAGUUUUCUACCUAUCAGUAAGUACAGAUGUUGUCAGAUAUUUUAAACUUUGAUUGGACUAAGGGCCAAAAAAAUUGAGAUAUAUACUUGUAAAGAGUUUUAACCACAAAGCCAUAGUUUUUGUAACAUAAGCCUCCACUGUGAAUGUGUCUGUAAUUUGUGAUACAUGGACAAAUUCCACACUGCAAACCAGGGUUGAAACCCUCAUCAGCUCAGGUUGCUCCCUCCAAUUACAUUCUUGUGUAUAAUUGUAAAUGAAGCAAAUUAAUGUACGCAUUGGUGUAAUGAGAAUCUGAAUGUUGGAAGAAAUGUGUGGUGGUAUAAUAAAGUUAUCUUUUGCAUUCUA